AUGUCAUCUCCUCAAGCGGCCAGCCCAUCUGCAGGCCAGGGACAAGCCCAGCAACCAUAUGCACAGUACUCUUUCCGUGCACAAAAGAGUGUCGGACUCGUCCAAGGUCCUCCCUCGUACGAACCCUGCAGUUUUGAAAAGCCUGAAGGAACAGCCCGUGCCACUCAGUACAGCGCCGAUGGACGCUUUUUUGGUAUCGCAACUCCAGACAAGAUCGUGAUCAUCUCCACCGCAACGCUCGCCGUCAUCCAGGCCAUCGAACUACCAAGUGUUGUUGAAAUUGGCUUUUCGCCCAAAGGCACAUUCCUGUCUUCUUGGGAGAGGCAGCAAAAGGCGGAUGAGACUGGCGUUCACAAGAAUCUAAAAGUCUGGAACGUGCAGACGGGAGAACAGGUUGCAAGUUUUGGUCAAAAGAACCAAGAGGAUGGGAUUUGCAGUACACUGCAUCCGAGUCGCAAUUGGGCUGCAGGUGCCACCUCGAAGCUGCGUCUCGAGGGAGUUACGACUGCGGUUGUCAGCCCCGGAGCCAAUCCGAGUAUCGCAGUCUUUAUUCCUGAGAAAGCCGGGACCCCUGGAAGCAUUCGGGUAUACAACCUUUCAGCCCUCACCGCGCCACCCGCUUGUCAAAAGUCGUUUUUCAAAGCUGAUCGAGUGACCAUCAAAUGGAACUCGCUCGGCACGUUGGCUCUGAUCAUGACGCAUACCGAGGUGGACAAAAGUAACAAGAGCUACUACGGCGAGACUGGUAUGUACCUAUUGAGUGCAGCAGGCAACUUUGACAGCCGGAUCGUCCUCGACAAGGAGGGUCCUAUCCACGACUUUGCUUGGAACCCAAACUCUAAAGAGUUUUGUGUCGUCUAUGGCUUCAUGCCAGCCAAAGCGACGCUGUUCGACCAGCGCGUCAAGCCAAUCUUCGAGUUUGGUGCGGGCCCUCACAACUUUGUGAGCUGGAAUCCACAUGGCCGUUUGGUGGCCCUUGCUGGCUUCGGCAAUUUGGCAGGCAAAGUCGAGAUCUUUGAUCGUCGUACUCUGAAUAAAAUCAGCGACAUCGAUGCUCCCAAUACGAGCCACUUUGAAUGGAGUCAUGACGGGACCACAAUCAUGACGGCGACACUGAGCCCACGUUUGCGAGUCGACAAUGGGAUCAAGCUUUGGUGGUGCAACGGCACUCUCUUGCACGUCCAGCUCAUCGACGAGUUAUACCAGGCACACUGGAGACCGAUCGCACGAGGGAGCAGUCCUCCAUUCCCAGUGAAUAUACCUGCUGCGCCAGUGCCAUCGGAAUCUGCGCAAGCGGUUCCUGCAAAGCCUGCUGCGGCCAAGCCGGCUGGUGCGUACCGUCCGCCUGGAGCGCAAGGUCGUGCUGCGCCGAGCAUCUUCAAACGCGAAGAUGAAGGCGGUGGAUCCGGAACGCAUACACCUCCUCGUGGUGUGCCUGGAUCGAUGGGAUAUGCAGACGGCGGGAUGAAUGGACACGGGAGGGGAGGCGCGAAUGGAUAUAUCCGUGGCGGUGGCCGUGGAGAUGCUCCGAGGGGCCGUGGACAAGGUGGAAGGCAUGUACCUGGAGCUGCACCUGUGACGCCUCCAGCUUCGGGAACACCGCCGCCGCCCGGUGGCGAAGGAGACAAGACACGGCGGAAGAAGGGUAAAGGACGAAGGGAGGAUGGAGAAGGUGGAGGAAGUGGAAGUGUGCCGCCUAGUGGACGUGCUACACCUGUGGAUGGCUAUUCGACCCCGCGUGGGCAGCCUGGAGGCGGGCGAGGACGCGGUGGCGCUGCGAAUGCGAAUAAUACGCAUGCGCAGACAGAAGGUGAAGGUGGAAAGGGCAAGAUGAAGAUUGCCAUGCCGGCCAAGGUGGAACAGGCUUUGCUCUCUGUUCCUGCAGAUGUCGAGUCGCCGCUGAGCCCUGGGGCUGACGGAAUGUUGGAUCCGACGCAGAAGCGGAUUCGUAACCUCAACAAAAAGUUGAAGGCCAUCGAAGAGCUCAAGGAAAAACUGAGCCGGGGCGAAAAGCUCGAAGCGACGCAAUACAAGAAGAUUGAAACCGAAGCAGAGAUUCGCAAGGAGCUUUCUUCGAUCGUUUGA